AAGAUGGCGGCAGGGACUCUGUACACAUAUCCAGAGAACUGGAGAGCCUUCAAGGCUCAGAUUGCAGCCCAGUACAGCGGUGCACGCCUCAAGGUGGCCAGCAGCGCCCCUGCCUUCACCUUUGGGCAGACGAACCGUACCCCUGCCUUCCUCAACAACUUCCCCUUGGGCAAGGUUCCAGCUUUUCAGGGCGAUGAUGGCUUCUGUCUUUUCGAGAGUAAUGCCAUUGCUCACUACCUGAGCAAUGAGGCCCUGCGUGGCAGCAGUCCCCAGGCCCAGUCCCAGGUGCUUCAGUGGGUGAGCUUUGUUGAUGCUGAAAUCAUCCCUCCAGCCUCUGCGUGGGUCUUCCCCACUUUGGGAAUCAUGCAGUUCAACAAACAGGCAACAGAGCAGGCCAAGGAGGAGGUAAAGAAAGUUCUGUCUGUCCUCAACCAUCACCUCAACACCAGGACCUUCCUGGUUGGAGAGCGAGUCAGCCUGGCUGAUAUCAGCGUGGCCUGCAGCAUGAUCUGGCUCUAUAAACAGGUCCUUGAGCCUUCCUUCCGCCAACCUUUCCCCAACGUGACCCGCUGGUUCCAGACCUGCGUCAACCAGCCCCAAUUCAAGACUGUGCUCGGAGAGGUCAAGCUCUGCGACAAGAUGGCUCAGUUUGAUCCCAAGAAGUUCUCUGACAUGCAGCCCAAGAAAGACGGCCUUUCCAAGAAAGACACCCCCCCCAAGAAAGAGAAAGCUGGAAAGGAGGGAGGCAAACCUCAGGAGAAGAAGAAGAAGGAAGAGAAGGAAGCUGCCCCUGCUGAGGAGGAAAUGGACGAGUGUGAAGCAGCUCUGGCUUCAGAACCCAAAACAAAGGACCCCUUCGCUCACCUGCCAAAGAGUGCAUUUGUCAUGGACGAGUUUAAGAGGAAGUACUCUAACGAGGACACUCUGACUGUAGCCGUGCCCCACUUCUGGGAACACUUUGACAAGGAAGGUUACUCCAUCUGGUACGGCGAGUACAAAUACCCCGAGGAGCUUACCAUGACCUUCAUGAGCUGCAACCUCAUCAUGGGGAUGUUCCAGCGACUUGACAAACUCCGCAAGAAUGGCUUUGCCAGCGUGAUUCUGUUCGGCGGGAACAACGACAGUAGCAUUUCUGGAAUCUGGAUCUUCAGAGGACAGGACUUGGCUUUCACUUUGUCUGAUGACUGGCAGAUUGAUUACGAGUCUUACGCCUGGCGCAAACUGGACCCCGACAGCAACGAAACCAAGACCAUGGUCAAGGAGUAUUUUGCUUGGGAGGGAGAGUUCAAACACGUGGGCAAACCCUUUAACCAGGGCAAGUGCUUCAAGUGAGCAGCGUGGAGGAUGAUGGCACCAUGACCCCUAUACGUCCGCCGCUAUACAUCAACACCUUAACCUAAGGACAUUCAACCACCUUAAACUCCACUUGGACCUUCUCUAACUGAUCUUCAGUAGGAGUGGAUUCUGUCUCAAUGGUCCCAACAGAAGUGCUUGUUUUGAGUUGACAAAUAAACAUGUUUUCCACAAUGCCGUUUUUGGUGAUAGAAUUCCCCCAAAAAAGGAAUGGUAGAUUUCUUGACUCUUUUUGUUGUUUUGUGGCCUUGAGUUGUAUCCCCUCACCUCUUGAGCCUGAAUCUCUUCUCAGUUCUAGCCAGAGUGCCAGUCUGUUUGAGCCAUCAUACCGACUCCCUUGUCAGUCAUUGUCAUGUUUGGCUUAACAAUGAGCAUUGGAAUUGGAUAGAGCACAAACAGAUCUGGGACCAGGCUAAUUCGGUUAAAAUAUUCAGUAAUUUUAUUGUUUUGGUGUUUCUAUCAUGGAGCUGAAAUCUGGACAUGGGGUAAAAAAGAAUUGGAUUGCUGCCCAUUAAAUAAUUGGUUGUGUACAUUAUAGCCUUAAUGUGGUGAAAAAUAAAUACAAUUACAUCUAUAGUCUCCCGUCCCUCGGCCCCGUGACUCUCUCCCGUCCCUCGGCCCCGUGAGUCAGUGACAGUGUCUCUGUCCCAAAUGCUACCCUAUUCCUUAUAAAGGGUGCCUAAAUUGUGUCCUGUAUAUAAUCACAGUAAAUAGAGUACCACAGUACGAGUCAUAAUACCCAUAAAACCUAGCGGUUCCAAUAAUUUUUCCACCAUUCAUUUUUCUCAUAGGGGAUUUUAAAAACAUUUAAAUAAGGGCUGUGUUUCGUGUAGGCUUACCCUGACUUGACGUUUUGAUAUCAGUGUAAAUCUCUCUCGGACAAGGUGACUGUUAUCAAUAUAUUCACAUAUAUUUACCCCCCCAAUCAGGAAAUGCCUAUUAUCUGCUAACAUGGCUAUCAUGAACUACAAAUGCCUGAUCUGGACGAGACUGCCACUAUUGAGGCAAAGCUAAGAAUUUCUGGAUUAACUGUAAUGAAUAAAUUGGGUUACAUUGUCUAUAAAUGGACAAUUCUGUGAA